CGGGUUCUGUUCUCCCGAAUUUAUAUGGACUACCUAAAGUUCAUAAACCUAAUAUUCCAUUACGACCAAUUUUAUCUAUGCGCGGUUCACCCACACAUGAGCUAGCUAAAUGGCUUGUAAAAUUGUUAAACCCAAUUCGUAUUAAACUAUGUAAGUUUUCCUUAAAAGAUACAUUUGAACUGAUUGAUCUUCUUGGGGACAUUAAUAUUAAAGAUAAGUCUUUGUAUUCUUUUGAUGUUCCGUUAACAAAGACGGUGGAUUUCCUUUGUGACUAUAUUUCUAAAAAUUUUUCCCUUUUUCCUAUUCCGUUAUCAUUGUUGAAAGAAUUACUUUUGUUAUGUACUGCUAAUGUUCAAUUCACGUUCGAUGGUGAAUAUUUUCGGCAAGUUGAUGGUGUAGCUAUGGGUAGCCCUUUGGGGCCUCUCCUAGCUGAUGUAUUUAUGUCAUAUGUAGAAAACAGGACGAGUGAGCUUAUUAGUGAGGUAACUCUAUAUAGAAGAUACAUGGACGAUAUUCUAAUUAUAUGUGCUAAAGACUUUGACGUUUACGGAUUAUUGGAUAAACUCAAUAGUGUUCAAGAUGAUAUCGUGAUGACACAUGAAGCAGAAAGUAAUGGCAAAUUGGCUUUUUUAGACAUACUUUUAAGUCGAAGGGAGGAUGGUACUAUUAGACGGUCAGUGUAUAGGAAACCUACCUGGACGGGACAAUACUUAAAUUUCCAUAGUUUUUGUCCAUUGCAAUACAAGCGAGGCUUGGUUAAGUGUCUCUUUAAAAGAACUCAAAGGAUUUGUACAUCUGACACGGUGGAAAAAGAUGAAAAGUUACUGACUGACACAUUAAUAGCAAAUGGUUAUCCAUUAAAUUUUAUUAAUAGGUGCAAAAGUCAGUUAAUACCAAGACCUCUUGUUUAUUCGGUCCCAAAGAAAAAAGUUUACAUCAAUCUAUCAUAUAGAGGUGAAUCUAAUAGCAUAGUUUUAAGACAGAGAUUGAAAGCAGCGAUCGAGAACACCUAUUAUGCUGCUCAAUUGAUUGUGAUUGAAAAGUCCAAGGCCAUGAUUCCUAGUACACCCAGACAAUGCACCAAUGAUUACGUCACAUCCCAUUGUAUUUACCAAUUUACAUGUUUGUGUGGACACACAUACAUAGGGAGGAGUAAUCGAACAAUGCAAUCAAGGGUCAAUGAACAUGUGCCUAAAUGGCUUCAAAAUCAAUGUGUGUCAAACGAUCCGAUCAACGUGGGUGGUAGAAAACCAGGGUCAUCGAUAGCGAAACAUAUAAUUGAAACGGGGCACAAAAUUGAUAUUAAUGCAGCUUUUAAAACGUUGUAUAGAAAUUGUCAAGGACGAAUUCUUAAGUUUAUAGAAGCCUUGGCUAUUCGUAAAUUUAAGCCCCCUUUAUGUGCACAAAAACAAUUUGUCGUAACCUUGAAUUUACCUUGGUAAUCCUUGAGUCAUUCUAUGGCCUAGGAUAAUGCGACAAUUUCUUAUCCUUUCUCUCCCCUUUGUUAAUUUUGUUUGUACUUUAACUUUCAUGUAAUUGACCUUUAUUAAUUUUCAUAUAAAAUGCCCUGACAAG